AUGAGUUCAGCUUCCAAGAAAAUGCAAAAACAUAAUCAAAACCAACGAGCUACAAGCUCUAUUACAGAUAAAUCAUCAUUUCAACAAAAUCAGCCUAAAACUAUAAGUAAAAGAAACAAUAACAAAAGUGAUGAAAGCGAUGAUAAUAAUACACCUACUACUUCCUCUUUAAAAAAUCAUGAAAGUGAUGAUAAUAAUACAUCUGCUACUUCUUCUUUAAAAAAUAAUGAAAAUGAAUUUGUUACUGAUGAUGUUUGGAAAUUAUUAUUACAACUUUAUCUAAGGGUGACCGACCAAACAAAAUUGAAGAAAGGUUCUUCUAUUUUCACAAAACUGGGUGUCUUUGUACACAAAACUAUUAAAGCUGUUCUUAUUGCUCAAGAUAACU